AUGCAGCCUCUAAGAGCAGCGUCCUAUGGACCACUCCAUGUAACCUCUGCGGGGUCGUGUACUAGCGGUUCCAUCUGGGGCUCGUCGCUUGGGAGCCUGGGCACGUUGAGUUCAUCCGCGCCACAGUUCAGUGCCGCUUCCCCUGCGGGAAGAGUAGACGUUGUAUUAUGCCAGCAAACUGCACCUAUCUGUCGCUGGCAAUACUAUGGAGGCUGCCGUGAUAAUGUUGCUUCUUCCGCAGCUGCUUUAUCCAUGGGCAGCGGGGCUCCAGUCCACAGCCCCUCAGCGCUCAACCAUCUUUUCCACGACAGUGGUGCUGCACCUGCAAACGUUCUGUCAUACAGUGUCUCAGAAAGGGGAUUGCCUUACUCGAUCGCAACGAUUCGAGGGAGCUCUUCCGUGACAGACGACGACCGGCAUCUCAGAGGUCAAACCGCAGUGCUCUCUCGACAAUCACCAGUUGGCGCGUUCAAUCAACGCGAGACUUCGCCUCCCAUCGCAGCUGUGCAGGCCUCCCCCAACCAGCCCGCCGCUGGCGGCUCCUUUGGACCCAGGACAAGCCUCUCACCCACCGUGGCCGCUGUUGGCCUGCCUGUUUGCCGGCAUUUCAACCCACUACGCGAAGCUCCCUUUGAACUCGUCAAGUUUAAUAGGCGGGAUCCAUACACACACUUUUAUAUCCCUGUAGAUUGCCCCGACGCUCGGCGAUGCGCCAAUGGCGUCUGCCCGUUGGCACACACGAAACUUGAGAAGAUGUUCCAUCCUAUUGUAUAUAAGACGCAAAAGUGCCAGAUGGCUCUUCGGGACACGGGUCGAUGUCCGUAUAUUAACCAGUGCACAUUCUUUCACACCGAAGAAGACCGAAAACGAGCUGCAUUAGAGCGGGAGGUUUGGGAAGCUGGAUGGGGUCAAUGGCGCCCGCAAAUGUGCCAGUUUCUACGUAGCCAUCACGAGUUUGAGAAGGGAAUACGACGAAAAAUUGAAGGGAUGAUCAAAAUUCGCAUGCCACGCUCUUCAUCAGGUGAUUGUUCGGGGAGCGAUUUAGAGAAUAUUGGAGUUCUACCCAGGUAUGGUGAGCAGAAGAAAGCCGCCAUUCAGCAAAGCUCGCAGGGCUUGUGCCCCCUAGACGCAGGAGUAGGCUCGGCGUCAUUCUCCUCCCCAAGGGGAAGGUGUUUCGCAGAGAGUGGAUUUGCUGGCGAAGGCAUGGCUGGCCUCGCCGACUCCGGAAGAAGUCGAUCUGAUCCCCGCCUGGCGAAGUCUGUGAGCCUAUGCGACCUGGCAGAGGCACCUCUGUCAACCUCAGCGGUGUUUGGGAGUACUCGGCGUUUAUUAGAGCACCAGGAAGACCGUGCAUUUCCUGCUGCGCCUGAGGGCUUGGACAUAGCAAACGCGUGGAGCAAUAAAUGUGCUCAGCAGCACAGACCAGGCGGAGAGCUUCGAAGUCGGUUAGAAGCAUCCACUAGCAGUACACGGUCUACUCUCCAGGAAACCGUGCCAACUUUGGGAAAUGACGACAAGUCUUUUCGUUCAUCGGGAACAACUCCAGAACUUGGCGGAAAACAUAACACGAUAGCUUCUUUACCGUCAGCGCAUGGUUCCGAUCAUGGUGUAUUUGGCCAGAGGGUUGCCGAUUCUGGUGGCCUGCGCGGAUACCCUCACACAUUGGGCGGCUGCAGCCCACUGAGUUUUUAUUCAAAGGGUCGUGAACGUUUGCCGUUGGGGACAGGGGAGGCUUCUGUUGGCUCUGUAACAACGGGUGAAGUGGAAGCGGGCAAAGGGAUGGUGUCAACUGUAAUGACGUCGGAGACACGGCAGGCUCUGAUGAUCCCUACUCCUGCCGAUGCCCGUGUGGCAUCUCGGAUGAGCACGCGUGGAUCCAGCGGCCAUGAGGGUACCAGUAGUUACCCUAAGUCGCUCAACGUUGUGGUUUAUAAGCCGCUUCAUUUUGCUGCGUCAUCGCAGGCCAGUGCAGCGAGCAGCAAACAGGCUGCACUUGGAACCCUGCAGUCGGCGCAACGGGCUGUGGAGCGCCAACCUGCUGAUACGCUGCAAACUCUUGGUGGCUGCCUAAUACCAGCGCAACCCAUUCGGUUAGUCUUCCCGGUUCAGUUGUCUUGCAGUCAAAUAAAGCACUGUGAGGACGAACGGGGGGAGGCUGUCACCAGUGGAGGCUCCUCCUGUCGCUCUAACACCUUGCGCUCCCCUCGUGCGGAACCUCUGUUGGUAGAAGUGGAUGUUCCCUUCGAGGAGAACACUGUGAAUCAGAGCAGCAGCUCUGAUUCUUACUUCUUGCGACAUCACCGCCAACAGGCGGUAAAUGUGGAGGACCAAGGGGACAGUAAGAAGGUGGUUUGCAUAAGGGGGGGAUCGGAGGUGCCUUCGCCGACGGAAGGAGGACAAGUUGGAGAUCUUCAAGGUGGAUCUGAGGGCGGUUCUCAUCAACAGCCUUUGACUUCUAGGCGCAGCACGGUCGCUCUCACUUUGAGAAGUGCACAGACUGGGCGGGUGGCUUCGCAGGGCGAACGGCUGAAGGGGCAGGAGCCAGUUGGAGGGGCAGAUGAUGAAUCCGUCCUACCGCUUCGCAGGGCGAACGGCUGA